AUGACGGACCUUCUUCUCGAUCCGGCUAUCCGAUCUUGGGUAUUUGUUCCAAUUGUGUUAACUACUUUCUUAAUUGGAAUUAUUCGCCAUUACGUUUAUUUACUCUUGCUGAACAAAAAGAAACAGGAUCUCAACAAUGUCAAAGACAGGUUGGUAGAUCGUCAUUCGUUUUAGUCCUUUAGCCAUUAUCUGGCCAAAGCCCGCCAACUGAGAGAGUUCGGUCGUCUGUUACCAUCCCAUUCCUAUCACAUGAGAGUAAAUUUCCUAUCCAAUGAAGAAACGGGUGUUUUACCAAAGAGAAUUGAGAAACAGACGGCUACUCCAAAUGCUUUGGAUCCCUCGAUGAUGAGUGAAAUGUUGAAGGGAAACAUGCUGAAUAUGAUCCCGAUGAUCUUUAUUGGAGGUUGGAUCAACUGGACCUUUUCAGGCUUCGUUACUACCAGGGUAUGGGAUUGGUUAUUCCGUUAAUUGUUUCAUUAUUUAGGUCCCAUUUCCCCUGACUUUGCGUUUUAAGCCAAUGUUGCAAAGGGGGGUCGAGUUGAGCUCUCUGGACGCCGCUUGGGUAUCUUCAGCGUCCUGGUAUUUCCUGAAUGUCUUCGGUCUUCGAUCUAUAUACAACUUGGUUCUCGGUGGCGAAAAUGUCGCGGAUUCUAUGAUGGAUGAACAAACUCAAGGAAACAUUCAAGCCCCUCCCGAUCCAAAACAAGCGUUCAAGGCCGAAUGGGAGGCUUUGCAGAUUUCAUCCAACUCUCAUUCAUUCCGUUUGUAA